GAGAGAGGAAGGACGGAGGGAAAGAAGGAAGGAGAACUGAGACGAGGGAGAGGGAGAGAAAUGUCCUCCGCCACCGUCACCGCUGCCGACACCACCGUCGUGCCAGAGACGGCGGAAGCAGAAAUGAAGACGUACUGGUGUCACGAAUGCGACAUGAGCGUUGCUCUGUCCUCCCCUUCUUCGUCUUCAACCUCCUCCUCCUCGUCGACUCUUCUCUGUCCCCACUGCCACACCCAUUUCCUUGAACUCAUGGACUCCCCUUUCUUCCCUCAAUCUGACUCUCACUCAUUCCCCUCUUCGCUUUCCCUCUUCGACUCCCCCUACAUCCACCACCUAAUCCAGAACCACCUCCUUACCUCGGACGACGACGACGACGACGGUGAACUUGAGUUCGACGACACUUUUGAAGACCCGUUAUCUCUGCUCUCCACACUGCCAAAUAGUACCUCCAAAUCUUGCUCUGAUUCUGUGCCCACUAUAGUAGUUACCUCUUCCUUGCUAUCGCAGCUUGACCCUGGAGGGGUUCUCUGUGCGGUUUGCAAGGACACAAUUGGGGUUGAUGCGGAGGCUAAGCAGCUUCCGUGUAAGCAUUUAUACCACUCCGAUUGUAUCACGCCUUGGCUGGAGCACCACAAUUCUUGCCCGCUUUGUCGCUUUCAGCUGGUCGGUGAACAAGAGGAGGAUGGGGUUUCUCAGGCAAGGAGGAUCAGAAGGCAGUUGAGAACGGCCAUGAUGAGGUUGUCUGAAUUGAUGGAGGAGGAGGAUGAUUUCUAUGGGUUGAGGACUACUCUGAGUCACAUUGCUAGUAGACACCGCGUUCUUUCUUCUGCUGUUUCGGAUCAUAGGGAUGAUGAGAACCCUUCUGAUUCCCUGGCCUCCCCUCGGGUGACGGAACCAGAUUCUGUGUCUGCUGGUGGCAGUGAAAAUUCGGAGGCUCUUUCGAGCUGAUUGGUCAGUUCCGCCAAUUCAACACGAUAUUAGGCAUAGGGUUUUUUAUAUGUCAAAGAAAUCACGAAGUUGUGUCACUAUAGAUCGGCUAAUCAAAUAUAAAUCUGCAGCGGCAGCAGUGCUAAUCUUUUUAGUUUUUAUUUUUUUUCCCCUCUUUUUUGGGGGUAAUUUGGAAAAAUUUUAGGUAGACUCAGUUUGAAAAAUGAGAGUAGAUCAAAUCUAUCAUAAAACCACGCAAGGAUCUCACGAUGAAGUGCAUCUUCAUGAUUGUUUUGGUCUACUUUUGCAAACCGGGUCUAUCUAUGAAGCUUAAUAAUUUUGCUAGCUAGUUGCAGUACUGAGGUGAACAUUACAAUAAACUAGUGGGGUGCAUGUGUGCUGUGCAUUCCUCUUCCUAGCUUCCCCAGGCUCUCAAUCUUCUUCGUUUUGUCCAUAGAAAGCAGUCUGUCAAAAGCUAAUUUCCGUUCACGUUGUCUGCAAUAAAAUGUUUGUGAGUUUCGUGUAUCAUCUGCCAUGUAUCUGAACUGAUCUCCACUGAAUCAUUUGGAAUGAACCAGUCUUUGAUUUCACUUAUGAAGUUAA